GCUGCUGUUGCGGGCAAGGUGGGUGUAAACAGGCAUUGAGAGGAUAGCUGGUGUAACCGUGGGAACCGAGGGCUGCACGGGGUGGACAGGGGAGGACACAUAGUAGGGCGCGCCACAAUCGGGGCAUGUACCUGCUGGAUUUUCCUUGAGUUCCAGUCUCACCUUAUAUCCACAUCGGAUGGUGAAUGAAACCGAUCCGCGUCCAGAACAGACACACUGACAGACAAAGAUGGAAAGUCAAGGCAGCCGCUGUAAGAUCGUGGUGGUCGGAGAUACGCAAUGUGGUAAAACUGCGCUCCUACAUGUUUUUGCGAAGGACUGCUAUCCCGAGAACUAUGUCCCCACCGUUUUUGAAAACUACACGGCGAGUUUUGAAAUCGAAAAACAGAGGAUUGAGUUGAACAUGUGGGACACGUCAGGUUCCUCGUAUUAUGACAACGUGCGGCCGUUGGCCUAUCCUGACUCAGACGCUGUGCUCAUCUGCUUUGACAUCAGUCGCCCAGAGACUCUGGACAGUGUUCUGAAGAAGUGGCAGGGGGAGACCCAGGAGUUCUGUCCCAAUGCCAAGGUGGUUCUGGUGGGUUGUAAGCUGGACAUGAGGACAGACGUGAGCACCCUGAGAGAGCUGUCCAAGCAACGCCUCAUCCCCAUCACACACGAACAGGGUAGUGGGUUGGCCCGUCAGAUAGGUGCGGUAGCCUAUGUGGAGUGCACCUCCAAGGUGUCGGAGAACAGUGUACGGGACGUGUUCCACAUCACCACGCUGGCGUCUGUGCGGCGGCCACAGAAGCCUCAGCUGAAACGCAGCAGCUCCCGCCGGGGCCUCAAACGGGUGUCCCAGCUGCCCCUGCCCCCCCUGCCCGGUCGGACUGAUACCCUGGAUCCUGCCCCUGUCAUACAGAAGGACCGGGCCAAGAGCUGUGUGCUCAUGUAGAGACCCACCAAGACAAAUAUAUAUAUAUAUAUAUAUAUAUAUAUAUAUAUAUAUAUAUAUAUAUAUGUACAUACAUACAGUACAGUAUGAUACACAGAAAUAUAUGACAGAAAGAGGAACUCUAUUUAUUGGUUUUGUUCUGUUAAAUUUUAUUUUAUUUUUUAAAGAAAUCCUCUAUUAUUCUCGUUUUGCACUGCUGAGGAACAAGGACAAAAAAAGCUGUUUACAUUUUAUUUUUUUUGACUGAUGGACGGUGAAGUGGACUGGUUCUCUUGAGAUGAAGUCUCAGGGUGGAGAGAGGAGAGGAGGGAAAUAGGAAGUGCUGCAUGGUCCUGGGGUAGGGUUUGUGGAGUGCACUGACUGGGGGGGAUCAAUCCUUCACACAAGGACGGCACAACAGCCAUCUUUACUGGACGGCUGGAGGCGAAGACUUUCAUUCUGUGGAGAAGGUAGUGGAGGCGUUGAAUCAGGAAGAUGGAACAAGAAACCUCUCAGUGGACAAUGGACAUGGUUGCUGUUGCUAUGCUAUAUUGUGUUGAUACUAGAGGUCGACGAUUAUGAUUUUUCAACGCCGAUACUGAUGCCGAUUAUUGGAGGACCAAAAAAAGCCGAUACCGGUUAAUCGGCCGAUUUAAAAAAAUAUUUGUAAUAAUGACAAUUUCAACAAUCUUGAAUGAACACUUAUUUUAACUUAAUAUAAUACAUCAAUAAAAUGUAUUUACCCUCAAGUAAAUAAUGAAACAUGUUCAAUUUGGUUAAAAUAAUGCAAAAACAAAGUGUUGGAGAAGAAAGUAAAAGUGCAAUAUGUGCUAUGUAAGAAAGCUAACGUUUCAGUUCCUUGCUCAGAACAUGAGAACAUAUGAAAGCUGGUGGUUCAUUUCAACAUGAGUCUUCAAUAUUCCCAGGUAAGAAGUUUUAGGUUGUAGUUAUCAUAGGAAUUAUAGGACUAUUUCCCUCGAUACCAUUUGUAUUUCAUUAACCUUUGACUAUUGGAUGUUCUUAUAGGCACUUUAGUAUUGCCAGUGUAACAGUAUAGCUUCCGUCCCUCUAGUUAGCGCGCGCUAACUAGCUAGCCAUUUCACUUCGGUUACACCAGCCUCAUCUCGGGAGUUGAUAGGCUUGAAGUCAUAAACAGCGCAAUGCUUGACGCACAACGCACAAAAGUGCUGUUUGCAAAACAGUGCUGUUUGCUGGCAAAACGCACGAAAGUGCUGUUUGAAAGAAUGUUUACACGCCUGCUUCUGCCUACCACCACUCAGUCAGAUACUUGUAUGCUUGUAUGCUCAGUCAGAUUAUAUGCAACGCAGGGCACGCUAGAUAAUAUCUAGUAAUAUCAUCAACCAUGUGUAGUUAACUAGUGAUUAUGAUUGAUUAUUUUUUAUAAGAUAAGUUUAAUGCUAGCUAGCAACUUACCUUGGCUUACUGCAUUCGCGUAACAGGCAGUCUCCUUGUGGAGUGCAACGAGAGAGAGGCAGGUCGUUAUUGCGUUGGACUAGUUAACUGUAAGGUUGCAAGAUUGGAUCCCCCGAGCUGACAAGGUGAAAAUCUGUCGUUCUGCCCCUGAACAAGGAAGUUAACCCACCGUUCCUAGGCCGUCAUUGAAAAUAAGAAUGUGUUCUUAACUGACUUGCCUAGUUAAAUAAAGGUAUAACAUUUUAAAAUGUAAAUAUCGGCGCCCAAAAUACAGAUUUCUGAUUGUUAUGAAAACUUGAAAUCGGCCCUAAUUAAUCGGCCAUUCCGAUUAAUCGGUCGACCUCUAGUUGAUACUUCCUGUUGCCAUAUAUGAGAAUAGAAACGUGUAAAAAAAAAAAUGCUGAAAAGGGACUCUUAUUGAGUGGGUAAAUGAUGGGAGUAGGUCAGACAGACAGAAAUACAGUAGUCAGUUUGACAUUGCUUUUGUAACCAGACAGAGUUAACAACAUGAAGAAUGUGUGGAGUUUUCCUCAGAUCAUUCGAACCACAAGUGCUUUCUAGAAAAAAAGUCACUUUACAUAUCUGUUUUCGUAAUAAUUUAACACUAUUCAAUGCGUCAACUCAGAUCAUGUCAACUUGAUUCACUGAAGCUAUUGCUGUUGUCGUUAUGUUAAGAUGUUACUUUGUGGGAAAUUUAGCGGUAAAAUGUUAGGGCUAUUUUACUGUAUUUUCACAUACUCUAAAAGUCUCAAAUAAAGCAACAGCUUGACUGUAGGGAGAAGAGACUUCCUCUCUGACCCAUGUCUCUUCAUUGUGUUUGAGAAGACAUCAGUGCUGUCAGUCACUAACAUUACAUACAGUGCUGCUUAAAAGUAUGUCAACCCCUUGUGCAAAUACAGAUUUUUAAAUACAUGUUUUUGCCAUGAAAUCUUCAUUUAAUCAGAACUAGUAUUUUUGAUCUGACAUAUGUUGGUGUAGAGAAAAGCAUGCAUGCAGUGGAAGAACAAAAUGAAAAAAGAAUUACUGCAGGUGCAAAAAUAAGUGAACCCCAGGUUGCAUUGGUUAAAUCAAGCAGGUAGGUAGAAUCUGGUGGGUAAACAAUUGGGUACCACAUGAACCAAUCAAAAGGAGAGAUCGUUAGGAAAGAGUUAGGGCGGGAUUCUGGUCAGUUUGGUGUUACCCAUCCCGGUGAAUGCAAAGCACACCAUGCGGAGAGGAAAGGAGAUCUCAGAGGACAUCAGGACGAGGGUAGUGAGAGCACAUCAGUCUGGGGUUAUAAAAUCCUCUCAAAAGGUUUUGAGCUCCAUCAGUCCACUGUUCUGCAAAUUUACAAAUGGAGAGCAUUUAACAUGACAGCAACUCGGCCUAGAAGUGGACGCCCUUCCAAAAUAUCCCCAAGAGCCACCAGAACAACAAAAAAAUUAUGUGAAAGCCAACCCAAACAUAACUUCUAGAGAUUUGCAGACCUCCCUUGUUGCAUCUCAGGUAACAUGCUUCAACAAUAAGAACACUGAAUCAAAAUGCUAUUGAUGGGUGGGUUGCUCGGAAGAAGCCUCUGCUGCUAAAAAAGAACCAAAUUGCCUGUCUUAACUAUGCCAGAGACCACCUGGACAAACAUGAAGGUUUCUGGAAGUCCAUUCUCUGGACCCAUGAGUCCAAAAUUGACCUUUUUGGUCACAAUCGACACCGCUAGGUUUGGCGAAAACCCAACACUGCCUACCACCAAAAGAACCUUAUCCCAACAGUCAAGCAUGGUGGUGGGAAUGUUAAGAUCUGGGGCUGCUUUUCCUCCACUGGACCUGGACGACUCCACAUAAUUAAGGGAACCAUGAAUUCUGAGGUAUACCAGGAGAUUCUUGAACAGAACGUCAGGCCGUCAGUCAAGGAGCUAAAGCUGGGUCGAAAAUGGGUCUUCCAACGAGACAACGACCCAAAGCAUUCAAGCAAAUCUUCCAAAGAAUGGCUCAGCAGAAAGAAGAUUUGUGUUUUGGAUUGGCCAAGUCAAAGUCCUGACCUAAGUCCAAUUGAGAUGCUGUGGCAAUACCUGAAGUGGGCAUGCCAGACACCCCUCAAACCAAACUUGGCUGAGUUCUGUAAGGAGGAGUGGGCAAAAAUCCCUAAAAACAGAUGUCAGAGACUGACUGACUGGCUAUAGGUGAUGUUUACUCCAAGUUAUCGCUGCUAGUGGAGGUGCCACAAGCUAUUGACUGAAGGGGUUCACAUAUUUUUGGACACAUCAAAUCUGAGUUUCUGUUAAAUAAACCACUUUUGUUAAAUAAACAAUGAAAAUAUUUUUGUUUGUUUGUUUCUGUCAUUUACUUGGAAUGUCUUUAUUACGAAUUGGGAUUUAGAUAAGGAUUUGAUGUAUGUUUUAUACCAAAAUAAUGACCG